AUGCAAUUCCACAUAUCUGAAGAUGGCAUUGUUAUGAUUGGGAAAUGUCUGUGUGUUCUAAAGGAUACAGAGUUGAGAAAGCUAAUUCUGCAAGAAGCUCAUUGUUCUUAUUCCAUUCAUCCAGGAGGCACCAAGAUGUACUGUGACCUGAAGGAGUUUUACUGGUGGAUUAAUAUGAAGAAGGACAUUGCAGAGUUUGUGGCCAAGUGUUUGACGUGUCAACAAUUAAAAGCAGAGCAUCAGCGACCAUCAAGACUUCUAUAUCCUUUGGAAAUUCUACAAUGGAAGUGGGAUUAUAUCACCAUGGACUUUGUUACAGCAUUGCCUAAGACACCUAAAGGCCAUGACUCGUUUCUAGCGACCAUAGGGAUGGCUCCAUUUAAGGCUUUCUAUGGACGGAAGCUCCGAACUCCCCUAUUCUGGGAAGAGGUUGGUGAGAGAGAACUGAUGGAACCUAAACUUCUACAGGAAGCUCAAGAGAAGAUUGCACCCAUGAGAGGCAUCGUUAGAUUUGGCAAGACAAGCAAGCUUAGUCCGAGAUUCAUUGGUCCAUUUGAAAUACUACAGAGGAUUGGACCUGAGGCUUAUCGAUUAGCACCACCACCAGCCUUAGUGGGAGUCCACGAGGUAUUUUAUGUUUCUUUGCUCGGGCGAUACGUGGAAAACCCAUCUCAUGUUGUGAGCUACAAACCGUUGCAGCUGAGAGCAGACUUAACCUAUGAGGAGACUCCUAGCAGAUUCUUCAAAACCAUACCAUCUCGUAUGUAA